CCUCUCUCUCUCUCUCUCACAAGCCGAAACUGAAGAAAGCAUUUAAGUCGCCUCAUCUUCGCUCUUUCCUUCAAAGUCUUCUCUCUCUGUAUAACUCUCAUUUAAUAAACUCCAAAAAUUGUCUCCACAUCUCUCUCUAUAUAUUAAUAAUCUUUUCUUUUUUUUUUAUGAAGAAUAAUAAAGAGAACAAGACGACUACUAGUACUACUAGAACUAUUAUAAAGGAUAGCAGUGUGAGUUUGUUUCUUCUACUUUUGCUUUAUUAUUCUCUUCUUUAACCGUUUCCGCUUCCCACCGGAUGCCAUCUGAACAACAUAUACUUCAGCCGGGCAGAAGAAACAUAUAUUGUCCCCUUUUAAGGUUUCAUCAUAAUUUGAUCCCAGGAAUUGGGAAGUUUUUCAUCUUCUAGCUAGGACUAACCAACUUUUGUACAUAAGAUAGUUAAGACUCUAUCAUCAAUGGAGUUGAAGAACAUGGUUGCUUUGGUUUCUCGUACUGGAAGACAUUUGCAGCGUUACGACAAAGGUUCUCGAGUUGUUGUCGGGUUAGUUUAGUUUCUUUCUUUUCUUGAUAAUAAUUCUUCCAUUUGCUGAUUUGCAUGAACGGCCCCUUAUUUUUCUUUUUCCUUUUUUUUCCCCCGGCUUUUUGUAGUAUGAUAAUCUUCUUCUUCUUCUUCUUUUCUUUUUUUUUUCUAAUAAAUAGUAUGAUAAUCUUCAAAUUAAUUAAGUUCACACUUCUUCCAAGUUGUUUCGGGAAAGUGGGAAAAAAAAAAUCUUCAAGUUGCUAUUUUGGCUCUUUCAAAUGUGAACGGUCAGCGUUUGUUUUAUCCUUUUUUUUUUUAACGUUUUAUUUUGGGAUUUCAAUUCUCAAUUUAUGGGGUUUAUCCCUAGCCCCUAAUUGUUUGUUGUUCUUGAUAAUACACUUUUGGUAAGAGUUACCCCUAUUUAAUCAAGGGGGUCCAUUUCGAUAUGCACGUGCUUAAUUUUGUGCAAAACAAUGGAGUGGUUACUCGAAGAAUAGUCCAACAAUGAUUGUAAAAUGUCACUAUUUUGAUGAGGUUUUGUGGCUGACCACUGAUAAUGACGAUGAACCUGACAAUCUGCAGGCUAGACUGGUUCCUUAAUUCCCAAAAGUAUAUGCAAUUGAGGGAAAUAUAACUUUAGUCUUAUUUAAUCUCUUCAUUCCGGAGAAUCGUUUAAGAGGAAUUUUUCACUUGUUAGAAGAAAAUAAAAGUAAGCAUAAAGUACAUCAACUGGAUUGGUUUGUGAUUCACUUGCGGAAUAUCUCACCUUCCUAUCACUUUCUUGUAUCUGCUUCGUCCUAGAAUAACAGCGUUAUGUUUGUUGUAUUAUUUCAACAGACAGAGUUUUAAUUUUGGGACGGAAAAAGUAUUGCGAACAUUGAUUUGAAUGUUCCACAACAGAAUCAUUCCAAAACCCACAUUGGUUGUGCAUCAUUUGUAGGACUAGUUCAACUUCAACGCCCAGAAUUCUAACCGUACGUACGUUUGAAUUCCUGGUGAUAUCAAAGCUUCAAACGUUGAAAAAUGCAGACUUGUCAAAAAUAUCUUUUAAUGUUUCGCUUUCAUUUCACAGAAAUCCAUUAGUGCCGUAGCUAAAUUUUCAUUAAAUCACAAUUUCCAUCCAUACGGAAGUCAUUGUAAUCUUUAAAUUAUUGAUUCAAUUCCUCUGAAUGAAAUGUAUUGUUUUGGGUUGUUAGGAAACAUUAGAAGAUGGGGGUUAAUAACAUCAUCAUCUUGUUUUGUUUUGCUGCUUGUGGCCUACUGUUGUGGACCAAAUAAAAUAAAUUGUAGAGUACCGUACCUAGUCUUUUUAAUACAUGAGCAUCAACUCUUGACUAGAUGCCUACCGUUAAUAGCCUAGAGGGAUAAUUUCCAGGAAAUAUACUGCAAUUAAGACUGUUGAAAAUUUUGAUAAUUUUAUAUAUGCAACAUCAUUAAUGAUUGGAGACAUUUGUGUAUGAACUUGUUUAAAUAAAAAAAUAAAAAAUAAAAAAAAGAUAGAGAAGGAAAGUUCCACUCAUUUGCAUCUUGAAGUGCUUGGUUCUCCAUGAACAAUGGAAAAAGUGGCAUCGGAUUAGUCAAGUUUUCUCCUAAUUCCUACUACUAUGAUUGAAAUUUGGUUUGUUUGUCGUUGAAGCUGAUUGUCUUAUGACCCCAACCUCUUGUGAUUUUUGAUCUGAGAACUUAUAUGCAGUGCCUUACGAUUUUUAUCACUCACACAAGAUUGAUUUAUCCCAAUUGUGUCUGAAUGUACGUAGAUGAGUAGUUUUGUAGAUGUGUAUGUUACUUUUGUUUUUCUAGUGAUAUGAAUAAAAUCGAAAAAGAAAAGAAAAGUGGACAAUGGUUUCUCAUCAAUAUUGUUGUUCUUUGUGCAGAUGUAUCCCAUAUAGAUACAAAUUACCACUCAACAAGACAUCCUUUGUGGAUGAGGAUUCACUUGAAGUUCUUGUCAUUAGUGCAAAGCGGAAAUGCAAAGGACUCCUGUUUCCAAGGGGAGGUUGGGAGACAGAUGAAAGCAUGCAAGAAGCGGCACAACGAGAGACAGUAGAGGAAGCUGGGGUUGUGGGCGAUCUUGCGAUGUAUUUGGGCAAGUGGAAAGGCCAAAAGAAGGAAAGUUACAUGUUUGGAUUAUUAGUGAAAGAGCAACUGGAGUUCUGGCCAGAACAAGAUAAACGCCAAAGAAUCUGGAUGAGCGUAAAAGAAGCUAGGAAAGAAUGCAAGCAAGAUUGGAUGAGUGGUGCUUUAGAAACGCUAGUGAAAGGGUUAACGACCAAUGAGAAUGAGGCAAAUUUGGGGUGUGGUUUCCCCCUCGGAGUACAGGACAAUAGGCGUUGCAAUUUGUAAAUGUUUUAGAGGUACAUAUACAUAGAGCCUGCUAAUGGACGAAUGACGAUACCGAAGGUUUUUGUCAAGUAGGAUGAAUGACCCUCUUUUGUGAGUUAGAUUUAACUAACUCCAGAAAAAUUGAUGAAAAUGAGGAACCCAAAUCUGUGUAAUUCCCGGCCGGCUUCAUUUUCGUGAAAUUGGAUUUCCACAACCGGUAAUCAUAAUUGUGCAAAAAGAUCGGAAUGUACUUCAAAAGAAGGAGGAGAUGGAGGUCGUAGUGCUAUUGAUUAUGAUGACUACUUAGUUAAGAGGACAAUCAAGUACCAAAUAUCUUGAUAUCAAACCUUAAAUGACUUUUGUAUUUCCUCUACUUUUGGUUUCCAUUCAAUUUUGGCCCUUCUUAGUUAUUUGCAUACGGAUAUUAUAAAUCACACUACAUCCAAUUCUCGCAACACAUCUAUAGGUACUUCCCAAUCUCUUGCCGAUCACUAAUCCUUUGCACAAUACUCUCUUUUUUUCAUAUAGAAUCACUGAGAAAAAAAAAUAAUUAUGGUAAUGUAUUCUUUUUUAACAUCUUUUAGACAAGUAAUAUUGAAGAGCUAAGCUACUCCAAUGGUUAAUUCGAAAGUCUGCACAAUAAUAUGGUUGAACAUGAUAAUUAAACAGAAAGCCCGCAAAAAUGUUGGUCCAUUUCCUGGAAACUGGCGACAUAAUGCCUGUCAAAUGUGAUCACCGAGUCUGGGCCUUUAAUGGUAAAUAAACAGAUUUGUUUCUAACAGGUAAGUUGUAGUACAAAUAUGCUUCUGGAGAUUGGGCCCUUCCAUUGAUCCUCCUUACAACUGAAGACGGAGAGAUAUCUAUUAUG